UCUUCACACAAAUCCAGAAGCACCUUGCGAGAAACGUCACAACAACAUGACGUUUGUGGUUAUGUCAGUUCGGCCAAAAAAUACGAAUUUUUGAUUUUUUCACUCAAGUAUGCAGACAUUGUGAACUAAAUAACUUAGAAUGCAGUCCUACAUCCAAAACACUUCCGAUCUUCCGCCAGAAUUGUGCGCCAAGCCUCUGGCUCUGGUAGGAGUGUCUGGACUAGACACCCUCAACAAUGCGGUCCACAAAUCAAUCUGGGAGACGUUUAGCAAUAACAGGCGGGCUGACCGGUCCCCAGUCUUCUUUAAACUAAUCAGCAAUGCCCACGAAUUCCCCGUAAUUAAGCCAAAACGCAACUCCUACGACUGGUACAUUCCAAAGGGGAUUCUGAAGCGCAACUGGAUGAACAAACACCUGUACGAGAUCCCGGCAGUGAUUGUGAUUUUCUACGACUUGGACUGGAAUGACAGUUUGUGGAACGAGAAGAUGAUCGAAUGCGCCUCUCGAGUGCAGUCCUUGAGGGCAGCGCUGGAGGGGCGCAACACGCGCAUAGCUGUGGUCCUGAUCCAGAACACUCUUCCUUUGCCUCCUGGAGAGGACGUCCUGGCCUCUGACCGCGCUGUUAGUUUAUGCGCUAGUUGCGAAUUGAACGCCAGUUCAUUGUUUGUUUUGCCCCACGGGGACCAUCUCCAGGGGUAUGCUGUGCGACUGGAGAGCGCUUUCGCUUUCUACGAGUUCGCCCAGAGUUAUUACCACAAUGAAAUUAAAACCAUCAGGUCGCAUAAAGAACACUUGAACAAGAGUUCGCAUCAGUAUUUAUUCGUGAGACAUCAGUUCAAGAUGGGGUUUCUGUAUGAACUCAAACAGGACGUUCAUACGGCUCACAAACAUUACACUCAUGCGUAUAAUUAUUUAUUGGAAAUUCGGGUGGUGGACACGAACGCGUUAGAGAUCAGGACCGUGGCUGGUUUCAUUAAUUACAAGUUGUGCAAGUUGAUGUUUGCGUUGAAUUUACCACGUGAUGCCAUUUCGCAGUUUAAAGCCCACAUUGAUCGCUUUAAAAAUCGAAUGGGUUUUCACGAAUUGAGUUUUGAACACUACGCCUGGCUGUCGAAACAGUUUUCCGUUUUUGGUGAUAUUUUUGAUGAAGCCGUGAAGUUGGGAUUACCGGCUGUCCAGACCCAACAUCCGGGGAUUUACUACCAGCAAGCUGCGCAGUACGCCAUUCUCCGGAAAAAGUCGUGCCAGGAGUUGUGUUCCAACAUCAUAGCGCUGCCCCAACCGCACCCCUUAGAAGGGGCAAACAGUAUGGAAUUUUACGGGCAGAGGCCCUGGAGGCCCGGAAAAUUAUCGGCCGAGCCUCCCGACCCGCAACUGGAAUCGAACGGAAUCCAGGCAAUUCAGUAUUUGGAAAAGCAAUUUGCGCACUCUAACGCAAUCGUUUCGCUCUAUGGCUUGGCCAUUUCGCAAUACAAGACGUACAGAUGCCCUCGGACGAGGCGCCACUUGGUGCUGCAAAUGGCCGAGGAAUAUUACAACUCUCACGAUUUCGGCAAAGCAUUGACUCUCCUUACCCACAUGCUGUGGGAUUUUCGGGCGGAAAACUGGUGGCUGCUCUUGACGGAUAUUUUAGAGAAGGCAAUCAGAUGCGCUUAUUUGACGGCAAGCGUCCAGGACUACGUCCUACUGAGUCUUGAAAUUUUGGGGAAAUACAGUAAGCUGAGCGUUGAGCAGAAAAAGCGCAUCCAUGAGAAUCUCCAAAGGAUUUUGAAGAGACAGAUUCCUUUCGGGGACCAGAAACUAACCCCCGAUGUGUUACAACACGCCGUAAUUCAGUGGCAGCCAAAGCUGCAAACCGAGCCGAUUCACCUCUCGCUCGAUUUGGGAAAUGUCUCGACUUGCAUUGAAACUAAGGCAACUUUCAUGCAAGCGAAAUACGAAGUCGAUCAAAACGUUACGGUUGAAGUCUAUAUCAAAUGCUCGAGCCCCCUGCCUCUAACUUUCACAAAAGUCUCAGUCACGAUCAAUACUCCGUCGUAUAAUUGCGAAUAUGCCGUUGAUAAUCAGAAUUUGAGUUCGAAUUCUUUGGAGUUCGGCUCGGAUGAGACGAAACGAUUCGUUAUUGAUUUUGUACCCGACUCGAACGACGUCAACAGCGAGAUCCAAAUUGGCGCAAUUAAUUUAGUGAUGGGCAACGCGAGCGAGACGAAUUUGGAUCUCAAAUUCAGUCCGCAAAACGGCCCAAACCGCGUCUGUCCCGAACUUUUGCACUUCAAAUACAGUCCCCACAAACUCAACUUCGACAAUAUCUCGCCCCGAACCGCCACUUUAAUCAUCCCGAGACAUUCCAAGCUGGAAAUCGGGCUCGAAUAUGCAAUUCCGGCGCUUUUAGGCGAGUGGUUCGCCAUCAAGAUUGCAAUAAACAACGAGGAGCUGCACGAUAUUAAAGACAUGCGAGUCGAAGUGGCUCUGAGCAAAGACGAGACGAUUAGUUUAACCGAAUUCUCCACAAAUUCGUCGGGGGUUCCCGAAAAACUGCCCCUGGUUGUGAAACUGCCCCCAACGUUGCGACAGGGCGAAAAAUGCUCGGGGUGUUUCUACCUACGGGCCCACAAAGUGGUCGAGAACCACAUCGAAGUUAAAAUUUCGUACACUCUGGACCGCGAAAAGCCCGUAGUUAGCAUAAAAACCGAGACUAUAAUAGUGCCAGUGGUGAAACCGUUCGAAAUCAGUACGAAAUUCCAGUCGUCUCUGAUGGAAGAAAUUGGGCAGUUUUACGUAGGUGAGGAGGUGGGCGUAAUGUGCAGUGUGCGCUGCUUAUCACCUUGGCCACUAAUCAUCGAAAAUACCUCAUUCGAAUUCACGUCGCCUUGUAAAUCCACAGAAAAUAGCAUCGUAAGCCAUUUAGCUAACACGAGGCUUGAAGAUAAGGAAGUUGGAGUUGAGUUAUUCCUAGCGGUGUGUGAGAAAAGCUCGGAUAGUAAUGUCACAGUGGGGCAAUAUAUGGUCAAGUGGAGGAGGGAAAAUGGGUUGAGUACCACCAGCCAAUUGACCAUCAUUGGGCACACGUGUCACUGGAUUCCACUGGAGUUGAAGAUGAGUGUGCCGGCACAUGGGUUUGUGAGGACGCCGUUGCUUAUCGAUUAUCACUUGCAUAAUAGGUCGAGACAGUUGCUGCAGUUGGAUGUGGCGAUGGAGGGCAGCGAGGCUUUUAUGUACGCGGGGUAUAAACAGUUCAGCGUGUCGGUAUUACCUGAAAGCGUGAAGUCAAUCCAGUACAACCUGUACCCGCUGAUAGCUGGCAGCGUGGCGCUGCCAAAGCUGGUCUUGACGCUACCAGAAAAUUCCGGUGAAGUCCCCGGUCUGCGACAAGAGCAGCUAAAAUCGCUCGUCGAGAGAUGCUUGCCGACGCACCUUUACGUGAUGCCUCAAGUGAAAGGUGCGCCGCAACUGCCCGGCCUGGUGAAGCCGAGAAGACUCGCAAAAAUCAAAUAACUGUUAUACUGUAAUGUUUUGCAAAUAAACGACUUUCCCGUUAUCAAAUGGAAAA